AUGAACGAUGCUUCCAGCAAUCUUCGACAGCGACAAAGGGCUCAAUUUCCAUGGGAUGGACCCUCGAAUGAAAGAGAACAACAACGAGGAGGUCGUGGUUCCCGUGCUCGUUCCAAUACUCGCAGUCGAACACGAAAUAACAAUCAUCGACCACGAACAUCACCCAAACAGCAAAUCUUGCUGUUACUGGCUUCCAUAGCGGGACUUGGAGCCUGGUAUUUGACACCAUUAUCGGAAUAUGUCAUUGAAUUUAUGCUUUUACAAGUCCCCAUUGAGGCUGACAUGGAACUGGGACGCCAAGCCAUGCGACAAGAAAAAUCCAAGAAAGGACGAGCAGGAGGGUUUCCUCCCACCAUUCAUCAUCCGCGAUGGACUCCAAAAUUGCAGUCGAUUGGUUGGGAUUUGAUAGAUACUUCCAAAAUUCCCAAAACCAAACAAUAUCAAUGGGAUUUUGGAGUGGUCAAUGAUGACCAAAUGGUCAAUGCCUUUGCCCUACCUGGUGGUGUCAUUCGGGUCACGUCUGGAUUGCUCCAGCAAUUGCACCUUUCCGAUGGCGAGUUGGCCGCCUUGAUUGGUCAUGAGAUGGGACAUGUUCUGCAUCGACAUUCCCAAGCGCGGAUAUUGCAACAAGAGGUAUUGCAGUACAUUUUGAAAGCCUUGGUGUACCAAGACGACGAUCCGCAUCAAGAAAGCUUUGGCGAAGCCAUUGGAGAACUCAUGGUCAAGUCAGCAGAUUGGUUGGGCCAGCAAUCUUUUUCUCGUUCCAAUGAAUAUCAAGCAGAUGCGGCUAGUUGGGAUCUGUUGGUAUAUUCUUCCAAGUAUAAUCCACAAGCCUUGCAGUCCCUCUUGAACAAAUUGUGGGAAUACCAUGGGAAACAGGGAGGGAAGACUUCUUGGGAUAGUACUCACCCGGGGACAUUGGAUCGCAUCGGUGCCUUGGAUAAAAAAUGGGAGUCUCUUUCGUAUCAAGAAAAACGGAAACUAGCUCGGAAUACACUGUCAUAG